AAUGUGAUUUAGGGAGCCCUUUUUGUCUUUUUUAUUUGUAUUUUUUUUCUCCAUAUUUUUUAGUAUUAUUACUCUAUCUGUGUUUGUUUUUUGUUUUUUGAAAGUGCCUUGGCUUUUUGUGUGAAUUAUAAAUGUAUGUUUGUUGUUCAAUAAAAUAAAAUAAAAUAAAAUAAAUUUGCCUUCCGCUUUUAGUCGCCAGUUGAUGACGUCACAUACAAGGGACCUGCGCAGACGUGUUUACAUUGUACUUGCCUGUGAAAUAUAGAAACAAAUGUCUUAGUGAAAUUAAGUUACUUUAAGACAUUAUUUUAAAAAAUAUAUAUUUUUGGCUUCUCGUAAGAUGAAUUCCUGCCGCAAACAAGUCAAGUGUGACUGCGAGGAGCUGCUGGAUCGCUUUAAACAAACGGACUCGGUCCGCUUCGAGACUUUCUCUCAAGUCUGGAAGGAGAUGAAGUUUGAGCAAAUAUUUUAUGGCACUGUGGGUAGUGCGAAGCGGGCCUUCAGUCGCCUGGUGUUGGACACGGCUUACGUCUACGUCCUGCCACCUUUUAGCUUCCAGAUCCGAGUGGGAGGACUCUACCUGCUCUACAGUCUCUUCCAAUGCCAGACAGCCUUGCCACGUGUCGGGAUCCGCUUGGCGCUGAAGGACUGGGCGGACAUUCAGACCUUUGAGAAGGACGCCUUAGGAGCUCAGCACCUCGACGUCGUCUACAUCCUGCAUCAGCUCAUGUUCCAGAAAGCUUUCUACUUCACCGCCAUGCCCACCUUGCUGACCUUCAAGAAGGGCAAGGAGGAGAAAAAGUCGCAGCUGUAUAAGAAGUUUGUGGCGCGGGCGUCCGGCCCACAAGAGCUCAUCAACAGUGAGCUCCUGGAGGAGCUGUCCAACAUUCACCAGCUCUACGGGAAACUCAAGACGAACGUGUACUCCGAAGCCCAGCAGGCCGACUUGGGGAUCAACCUGAUCAAGACAGAUCUGACCCCGCGGCUCCGAGGAUCCGUGAUGACCUUCCACACGUGGCAGAAGAGGAAGCAACAGGACGAGAACGAGGAAGAAGACGCCAAAGAGGGGACGUCUUCGCAGGCAGAGUGCCCCUCCAGAAGAGCAGACUUUCUGUCCUCCAUCAAGUCUAAAGCAUAUGGAGAAGCUGCCGAGGCGUCCAAGUCUCGACGCCAUCGCCAAGUCAACGUGGACAUCGGAGACGAGCCCGACCCCGCGCACCCGAAAGGUCCCAGCAGGUUGAAGCCGUCGCUCAAAGCCAGAACCAAUGAGAACAUCGACGUCUCAGGUGACUUGUGGGAGGAAGUGGCCGACACGACUCGAAUAAAUCGUCUCACCGCGCUGGACUGUGUCCCUGAAGGGAAAAAAUUGAGCAGAAAGAAGACGACGUGAGGAUGAAAACUACUUUUUAACGUUGUUUUUAAAGAGAUAUUUUAUUUUACGUUUGCAUAGUUUUGUUCAUUAAGAACAUUACUGCUGUGGCCUUGUAAGAAAAUUCCACUUUUUAACAACAAUAUUUAACAAUUUUCAAAUGUUUUCUUUCAAUACAAUUUCUGCCUCAUCAGUAUUAAAACUGGAAAA